AUGAUUGCAGGCUGCAACAGCUACGACUGGGGCAAGGUCGGAAAGUCGUCUGCAGCAGCCAAAUACGCCGCUGCGACUCCUUCAGAUGGCUUCUCCAUCCAGGAAGAAAAGCCUUACGCUGAGGUACUCAUUCGCCUCUCCAUUGACCUUGAAACACAGCGCUCCCUCCUAGAUCUUGUCUCAGAUAACCAGCAGCUACUCGGGUCGACCGUCUCGCAGAGGUUUGGAAGCAAGCUUCCUUACCUUUUCAAAGUAUUGUCUAUCGGCAAGGCUUUGAGCAUUCAGGCGCACCCCAAUAAGAAGCUCGCAGAGCAACUGCACGCCAAGGAUCCCAAAAACUACCCGGAUGACAAUCAUAAGCCUGAGAUGACAAUUGCCGUCACUCCCUUCGAUGGCCUCUGUGGUUUCCGGCCACUUGCUGAAAUCUCACAUUUUCUUCAAAACAUACCCUCUCUCCGCAAGCUUGUUGGCGAGGAGGAGGCCAAGAAUUUUGAGAGCACUGUCAAGGGCAAAGAGACCUCGGAGAAUGAUGCGGAUGUGCAGGCUAACAAGAAGGCUCUUCAGUCUGCGUUCACUAAGCUCAUGAACACCGACAAAGCAGCGAUUGAUGCAGCCACUGAUGAGCUCCUCAAAGCGGCCUCGUCAGAAGGCGCCAGUUUCGCCGGCGAGGGAGGACCCUCCAAUGAUGGCCAGGAGCUUGCCGAUCUAGUUGUUCGGCUGAACGACCAAUUCCCUAAGGACAUUGGCCUGUUCGUACAGUUCUUCCUCAAUUAUGUCAAACUCGAGGUUGGCGAGGCUAUGUUUUUGCGGGCAGACGACAUCCACGCCUACCUCUCCGGUGACAUUAUCGAAUGCAUGGCCUCUUCCGAUAACGUUGUUCGUGCAGGUUUCACUCCCAAGUUCAAGGAUGUGGACACUCUUACCUCUAUGCUCACGUACUCAUACGCGCCUAUCGACAAGCAGAAGAUGGAGCGGCCAGACUACUCCGGCGUCAAAUUCAACGCUACCGCAUACAGCUCGAACUCAUCUGCUAUCGAGUACAACCCGAAGGAGAUCGACGAGUUCGCUGUUGUCCGUGCUGCGCUGAACAAGUCAGGUGCCAAGGCUACCUUCAAUGAUAUCGACGGACCCAGCAUCGUGCUCUGCACCCGGGGCAAGGGAACUAUCUCCGUUGGUAACAAGUCAGAGAAGAUUGAGGAAGGCUACGUCUUUUUCGUGGGCUCCACUGCAACGCUUGUGAUCGAGAGCGAGACGGACGCAGAGGAUGGAGGAGAAGGUCUUGUUGUCUUCAAGGCUUACUGCGAUCCUGAAGACUGGAAUAACAACGGAGGACAAAAGUUGUAA